GAUCCCCCACCCAGCAUCCUCCUCUCCUAUCCUUCUCUCGCCUCGCCUCCCCUCCCCUCCCCUCCCACCGCUACCAGCUUCCUUCCGUCCGUCCGUCCGUCGCCGCCGAUCGGGAGAGGUGGCGUGCGGCGUGUGUUCCCUUGUUAGCGCGCGUGAGUUUGCAUGGGGCUGGACGUCGGCGAGAUCGGGAUGCCCCUCGACCUGGGCCUCGACCUCAAGCUAUUCGUCGCCAAGACCGCCGGCCGGCUCGCCGCCGCCGCCAAGGAGCCGCCCGCCGUCGACGCCUGCAUCCGCGGCCUCGAGGAGGAGCGCCGCAAGAUCGAGGUCUUCCGCCGCGAGCUGCCCCUCUGCGCCCGCCUCCUCGCCGACGUGAUCGAGUUCAUGAAGGAGGAGGCGGCCAAGAGGAGCGAGCGCCGCGACGCCGACGACAACGACAAGCGCAAAUGGAUGAGCACCGCGCAGCUCUGGGUCGACAGCCGCGCCGCCGAUCCCCUCAAGGAGCAGAAGAAGGAGAGCGCCCUGUCCAAGCCCAUGCUGCUCGGCGGCGCCACCGGCGCGCCCAUGGCAGUCAGCUGCGGCGCAAUGCCGCCGCCGCCGGCUCCCCAGUAUUUCGGCAGGGAUGACAAGAUUGUUGGCGCAGAAGGCCUGCCUGCUCUGCCGAUGAUGUCUCCCGCUGCGAACAGGCAGUUUUCUCCCCCUGCCGACGACCGCCAUCAGGCUUUCGCCGCAAAAUUUGCGGCCGCCAUGCCACCUCCACCUUCAGGGCCUGGCUUGCAGGCUCAUGAUCAGCAGUCGAGGAAGACGAGGCGGUGCUGGUCGCCGGAGCUUCACCGGCACUUUGUUGCCGCCUUGCACCAACUCGGUGGCCCUCAAGUUGCCACUCCAAAGCAAAUCAGGGAGGUGAUGAAAGUUGAUGGCCUCACCAACGAUGAAGUGAAAAGCCACCUCCAGAAAUACCGUCUGCACAACCAGAGGUCCCCUAGCUCUUCCUCAGCUAGCCAUCCGAUUAUGCUGGUGGGAGAUCUCUGGGCUCAUCAGGAGCAAAGCAGCUCGCAGUCCCGGUCCCCUGAAGGCCCCCUUCAGCUCUCUUGUUCAGGGGUGGCCGUCUCGGCACUCACCGUCAGCGACAGUUCUGAGGAAGACGACAGGUCGGUAGGCUAUAGCCGGAGAUGAUCUGAAGGCUUUUGGGACCGUCAAGAGAUUUCCAUGAGAGAGAGGUAGAGAUAGCUUUGCGGCAUGGAUGACAAUAACGGCAUACACUCCUGAUCGAUCGAGAGGGUGUGGUGCAGGCCAUGAAUCCAGGGAUAUUGGGCGUUGAUCCAGCGCCCAAAAAAUGAACUGAUCAUGGCCUUGUUCUUGUGAUGUACAUGAGGCUUUUUUCGCGAGCGUUUCGGGCAGACCACCAAUUUUCGCCCCGAGAAUUACAUACAUAUAUAUAAUGAGAUUCGUAUAUUGUUCGGCUCUUGCUGUACUGAGGUUUAAUAAAGGUGCUCCAGUUUUUUGGAUA